AUGACGCCUAUCGCUCCCACCCUUCAACAUCGGCGCGCCAAGGAUGCCGCCUCUUGUGCCACAAGGCCACGGAACAAAGACGGUGUCCAAGGUCACCCGUCGCUGCUGGACCUAUACUAUGCCUGCGUGCGAGGACGAAUCGAAAUACAUGGCGGGCAGAUGCUGCUGACGGUACCACGCUAUCUCAGCGUCACAGACGAUGCUUCAGGUCUGGGACAUUUACAACUGCGGCGCUGCAGGACGCUUCUAGCUGCCGGGGACACAUGCAAAGUGGUAGCGAGAGAAGAGGACGAGGACGAUGACGAGCAAAACACCUCGGCGGCACCGCAGGCGAGAUUAGUCACGGCAUGGACAUCGGGACUGCAAGGCAGCAUGCCUGCCAAAUGUCAUCUCAUGGCAUUCAUUUUCGACCAGACCUUUUGA